CAGCAGCCCGGCUCGGCCGCGCAGCAGAUGCUGACCUUCCCGGACAAGGGCAAGGACAAACCGGCCGACAUGCAGAACUUCGGCCUGCGCACGGACAUGUACAGCAAGAGGAACGCGCCGUCCAAGAGCAAAGCCGCCGCCAGCGCCACGCGGGAGUGGACGGAGCAGGAGACGCUGCUGCUGCUGGAGGCCCUGGAGAUGUACAAGGACGAUAUGGGGUCAGGGAAUGUGGGGUGGGGAUGGGAUAUCUGACCCC